AGACUCUGGUGUACAAGGCCAUGGGCAAACCCACGCCUUUCAUGUGCCUCUCGUCAUGAAAUCUGAGAUAGAAGCAAGAGAGACACAGAGGGCUAUUCAAAAAGAUGUUCUUCUACUGCAUUUGAGAUUGAGACUUGGUUCAGAGACAUCAAUUGAGCAAUAACUGAGGUCGAAGAAGGGCGAAAUGGCAAUAGCAGCCCCUAUGGGUUAGUUCAUUUUCAUGCAUUGCCCUAAACUCUAGUAUUUUGUAUCCACUUAAACCCACUUGUAUUCUUCUUUUUUUGGGUUUGAUAAUUGUAGUUACAGUCCAAGUUCAUGGCUUGGAUAAAACCCCAAGCUCUGCUACUUCAGAGCAAGAAGAAAAAGGAGCCGACUCGAACCAUAAUUAUGUGCAAUCUAAUUAUCGCUUUGAUUGCCUUGUCCCUGGUCGCCACUUAAGUCUAUUGGUCCAGAAGGUCACUGGGUCUGACUUUUCUGCUGCAGAGAAAAUGGAUGCGUUUUCGAAGAAGGAUGAUCUUUCUGGUUAUGCUGAAAGCUCAUUCAGUUGAAGAAAUUCUGAAAGGACUAUGUUGCUACUUUGACAAAGCAUUGCCAGUUAUCCUAAUUCUUUACAAAAAUGAGCGUCCGCAGUAUGAGAAAGCAAUUGCAGAUAAUGUCUCUCCUUCAUCUGUAUACGGUGCUGAGCAUCUAUUACGCCUCUUUGUUAAACUGCCCGAGCUAUUGGUUGAGGCUAACAUUGAAGAGGAGACUUUGAAAGAGCUGCUGCAAAGAUUGGCCGACUUUCUCAAGUUCCUACAUAAGAACCAGAGUGCAUUCUUCCUCGCUUCCUACCAUGUACCAGAAGAUACUGAAAUCAGCACCAACAAACAAGAUGACUAAGCAGGGACAUAUUUGCAACAAUUCGUACAUAAUACUGUAGAACUACAGCUGUUGUGUGAUAUCUUGGCACCGAUUUGAACUUUUUCUGAGCUCCAAAAGCAGGUGACCGUUAAUGUGCUUGUAUUCGCCGUAUAAUGUAUUGCAAUUCACUGCGCAUGUAACAUGUGUUUUCAACAUAUACCGUAUACCUUGUAAACCUUCUCUAGUAAAAUAUGACCGACGGUGGAGGUUGCACCUUUUGUUCUAGUUCUAAGUUGCAACAAUCUUUGACUAUCAGUUAAGAUGGGAACAAAGUUGCAGGCAAUCAAGUUGUUAUCAGAAGUUGGACGUAAUGGUUUAUGCA